CGGUUGAAAGAAUAAUCAAUCGUGCGGAUGUAAAACAUUUGGCGACAGCUGUUGAGAAGCAGGCGGACGUACGUAGAGAAGACGGAGACUUUGAGUCUGUGACGCUGAGCUGCACAACAACAAGCCUCUCCUUCAGCCUGCUGAACACACGAGACUCCCCGAAAUCUGUAGCGAGCUGCAGCCCUGCGUCUACAGGCACGAGGAUCCGUCAUGAAGUGUGGACGGCAUUGAGACAAAACAAAGAUGCUGAUGUCUGGGACGCUCCCCCACCUCCUCCUGGCCGGGACCUGUCUCUGUAUCUAUGGAAAUCCUGUCCACGUCUCAGACCUGCUCCCCACACAGGACAGAGUAACAACUGUUAGGUCAACACAAACCCCAGAUGUAGAGUCUGAACCCACAGGUACAGAGCAUGUGACUGGACUUAUGUUGGAUGUAGGUGCAGGAGGAGGGGCUGGCCCGCAUGGCGCACCUGAGGAAGCAGCCCAAUUGAAGCAGACAGAAAACAGGGGCGGCCUCGAUGGAAGAUCUGGGCCAAGGGAGGCUGGAAUAGAAGCACAAAUGAGCCAAAUGAGCAAGGAAAAGAAGGUCGGGAGCACAUCUGAGAUGGGAGACACUUUCAGACAGGCAGAAAGAGCUUCAAUGCUGCCUGUUGAGGAGGAUAUUGCCAGCACUGAAGAUCCAACAGGUGGGAGGAAGCAGUUGGACUUUUUAUUAGAUUCCUCUACAGCCAGGGGGAGCAAAGACCAACGUGUUGAGGACCUAACAGACCAACCAGCAUACGUUUAUUCUGUCCAGUAUAAAAACCCAGAAACAGGCCUUCCAUCCUCUACAGAACCUCCAAAUCCUGGAGCAACCAUCCAGAAACUGACCUCCUACAGUCCCAUCUUUUUCUCCCCUCAGACCUACACACCUUUGUCCCUUUGGGGUCAAGAUGGAGCUACAACAUCCUCUCUCCAAGACCCCCUUUUACCUGAAAUCGGACCAAACCUGAUGCCAAAAGAGGAUGGACCAGAAAGCCUGUGGACGGAGGCCGCAAGGUCUGCUGGAGUGGACACGGUGGUCCCGCUGUCUCUGGAUGAAGCCACAGAGGGCACCAUGUCAUCAGAAGCUCUCCCUCUCAUCUUUGAGCCUUUUGAAGAUGUCCCAUCCGAAGGGGUACUGGCAGCAGAAGCAGCACCGGCAGUGCCAGACAUUGCUCAGCCUCCUGCUGCCAUGGCAACCGCAGGAAUGGACGUGGACCCGCAGCUGGUCACCAUGGAGACAGACAGCAACGGUCCCUCACUGGCCCCUCCUCUUCUGACACCAGACUGGACAUCACCCUGGCAGACGUCUGGUGCUGAGCUGCCGGAGCCAAUCAGCUCCUCAGGACCGUCUGUUUCACAGCGACAAGCAGGAAGUGAGCUGCAGGAUCACAUGGAGAGAGGAACUGUCAGGACACCCGACCUCGAUGAUAAGUUGCCUACCACUGGCCCCACCUUCUCUUCCUUCCCGCAUACUAUGACAACUGUAACCAUGGCAACCCAUCACCUCGCACACAAAUCUAGAUCGGGGUUAGAGGAGAUGGAGUCUGAUGAAGAGCAGGACGAUGAUGAGGAUGACGAGAACUCAGAGGAGUCAGUGGAGGAAGAAAGUGAAGAGGACCUCACAGAAACUCCUAAAAUGUUCUCCACGCCACCUCCAUACAGCCUCAUUCCUCCACCUCCUGUGUGGGUUCAACGCAACCAGGGGCUGAUGCGGAGCUGGGUAGAGCUGAUUAGAGAAAAGGCAGGUUAUGUGUCUGGGAUGUUGGCCCCUGUGGGCAUUGGCAUCACUGGAGCCCUGCUUAUUGUUGGAGCGCUCUACAGCAUCAGGAUGAUUCACCGUAAGAGGAGGAACAGCUUUAAACACCAGAGGAGGAAGGUCAGGCAGCAAGAGCAACCUCGGGAGCCUGGGACCAGCGGUCAGGACCAGGCCAUGCUGCUGGCCGACAGCUCCGAGGACGAGUUCUGACGAGAUCCUUUUGGGCUCCUUUUGUUAGUGACCAAUGGCUGAUGCUCCUGUAAAGGAGGCCUGUCGACCAUCCCCAUUGCUAUGACUACCACAUCUCCAAUCACCGGGGGCUGUUUCAUUAUGACUCAUCUGAUCCUCACCGUGUGACUGAGUAUAGGACACAGUUUGCACAGGCUGCACAAAGGUCAGCUUUGUAUUCCCCCUUUUCUAAAAGUACCAAUGUGAGCACUUUCCUGAAUGUUGUCAGGUGAUGUUGACUUUAAUGGUUGGGCAGGGCUGGUGUGAUGCACUUUGACAUUCAAAAUAAUGUUGCUGCUGGUAAAAUAAAAAAAACAUUGCUAGUUAUUUAAAGUUUUCGUGGAGUUGAGGGGGAAAAGCGUGGACAAGCUGGUUUUCUGUCAAGUAAUAUAAAGGGCUGUAGAGGAAUUACAUUACAUAAACAUUAUGUGAAUACAUGUGCUGUUAAUGUAGCUGACUUGAGGUCAGUCAUGUAAAUGUAAAUAAAGGUUAAGUUCUUAAUACUCGUCUGCUCUAUUUUAAAGGAAUUGCUUCACAUUUUGGGAAAUAUGCUCAUUCACUACCUUGCAGAGAAGAAGAUCUGUUAGCUGCUGCAGCUAACAAUGAGCUUAGCCAAAUAGUUAAAAUGAUAAGAUCUGUUGGCUUGAGAUAUUAAAUACAAUAAGAAUCAGAACAGGAGUAACUGUAACAGGCAGCUUGCACGGUCAAAAAAAAAAAUAUAUAUAUAUAUUUUUGCAAGAAUUAGAUAAAGAAAACAGGGAGGAACCAUCGGCUGGAGCUAGCAAUCAAGUUAAGCAAUUUGCUUAGUUUUGAAUGUGGACUUUUGGCUUAAGAGCUACCCAGUCUAAAAGUAACAAAACCUGCCUUAAAGCAGCUGUUUUAAACAAAAAAGUUUGUUUAAAACACUUGCAGAGCAGUGAGUCUCUACAUGGUUACCGAACAGCAGAUGGCUAAAAAAACAUGUUAAUAAGUAAGUAAGUAAUAAGUAAGCUUCAGAUGUGCUUGAUGACGGAAUUUGAUACAUGUUAAUGAAAAGGCUAGCUGUUAACUAGUGUCCUGUCUGAGUGCUAAGCUACGUUUGCCCUAGCUGUAGCCUAACAUUAGCUUAAUUUCAAAAAAUAGAUAUGAGAGCUGAUUUACUCUCUGGAAGAGAUUAACUGAGGGUGUUUCCUAAAACGUUUAACUAUUCCUUAAAUGAAGAUUUUUAACACAUUACGAAUCAUUCACAUAACACCUGUUUGAACUAAUGUUGAAUUUUGAGGCAAUGUUUGUUUCAUUCAGGGGCAUAAGCUUGUAAGAGUUGUCAUGAUACAAAUACAAAAUACCAUAAUCCUACACAUGUAGCAUAGAAUUGAUUUUGAUGUUAAUAUAAUGCUUGUCUGGAUUCAUUUUUACUACCACUCUACAACUCUUGUUUUUUUUAUUGAGCAUGAAGACAUCCCAAUCGACUCAACACCGAACUGUUGCAGAGAUCACUUUCACACUGAAGUGAGUCUGCUGGCUGGAAAAGCACAAACAUUUCAAACAACUGGGCUAGGAGCUACUAUUUUCAAAAGAAACUUUGUUUUGACCAGCUAUCCUUGCACAAGAGUGGUUUUUGUGUGUUUAACUGAUCCAGACAGCGACAGAUAAAGAAAGCCUUUUGGUAGACUUGUUUGGUUAAAGAUUGUCACAGAUGCUGAGUUUUAGUACCCCCAACCCACACACACACUUUUUUAAGCGAAAAAAAACCACACAAAAAACAGACAAAUCGUUCAAUAAAAAGUCUUCGCUUCAGUUGAGACGUUUAAAUUGGCCAUUUGAGCCAUGUUGUAAAACCAAUGACUAAAACUGUUUUCUUUUUUUUUUUUAUAAGGAAAAUGUAUUUUCUGUAACUCCAUGAGCCAUCUGAUAUGCUUCAUGUACAACUGCCUGUUUAUAUGCAAUAAUACUGUUUUAGGGUAAAUGUGAUGUAAAAUAGUGGGCACUUUUUUGUCUCUUUAUGUAGAUAUGAAACAGAAUGUGACAAAAAUUAAACUAAUUCUUUUCAAUGUC